AUGCCGACUUUUGGUGGUGCUUCAGACCCAGUCCCCUCGCAGUCACCUUCCAAUCCCUCAGGUCCUUCCAGUCCCCUCCCAAUCCACCCCAAGUCCCGUCCCAGUUCCUCCCACUCUACUCCUAUUCCUCCCAGUCCCUCGUAGUCCUCUCCCAGUUCCUCCCAGUCUAUUCCAUCAGCAUGA